CGACGCCGAAUGGCUGCUCCAAAUCCCGAAAAAACUCUCCAGGAUGAAGCCACUUGUUCCAUCUGCCUGGAUUAUUUUCAGGAUCCGGUGAUGAUCAUCGAUUGUGGGCACAAUUUCUGCCGAAACUGCAUCACGCAGUGCUGCGAAGGGUCCGCUUUCAAACCGCUUUCCUGCCCGCAGUGCCGGAAACACUUUCUUUGGAAAAACCUUCAUCCCAACAGGCAUCUGUGGAACAUUGUAGAACUCGCCAAACAGUUCAGCAAGAGGCGGGCAAAUGAAAAUGGGGAGCAGAAGUUGUGCGCGAAGCACCUGGAGCCCCUCAAACUCUUCUGUGAAGAUGACCGGACUCCCAUGUGUGUGGUGUGUGAUAGGUCCAGGGCGCAUAGAAAACACAGUGUGGUUCCUAUAGAAGAGGCUGCUCAGGUUUACAAGGAUAAACUGCAUCACUGUCUGCAGACACUGAAAGAAGAGAAAGAAAAGAUUUUGUCACUUAAAUUGCAAAUAGAGAAGCCAAGCCAGGAUCUGCUGAAAGACACGGCAGCCGAGAGGCAGAAGCUCUUGUCAGAGUUUCAACAGCUGCAACAGUUCCUUGAGAAACACAAGCAGCAUUUGUUGGCCCAGCUGGAUGAAGUGGAGAAACAAGUUGAGAAAAAAAAGGCUGAAGAUGCCGUGACGUUUUCUGAGGAGGUUUCCCGCCUGGGCGCCCUAAUCCAGGAGCUUGAGCAGAAGUGCCGGGAGCCACCAAGUGGGCUCCUGCAAGAUAUUGAAAGUACCAUAAACAGAUGUAGGAAGGACAAAUUCCAGCCUCCUGUUAUACUUGAUUGUUCAGAGCUGAAGAGAAAACUCCAAGUAUUCUCUAAGGAAAGUUCGUCAUUGCAGCAGGAUGUGAAGAAAUUCAAAGAGACACUGUCUGAACCAAAGUGGAUACAUGAGUAUGUGGUGCUGGACCGAGGGACUGCUCAUCCUCGAUUUCUUGUGUCUGAUGAUCGGAGAAGCGUGACAUGGGGACAUGUCCGGCUGGAGAUGCCCUACAGCCCCAAGAGGUUUGACCCGGCCCGCUGCGUGCUCGGUUCUCGUGGAUUCUUAUCAGGGAAACAUCACUGGACGGUGGACGUGGAAAAUGGAACUUCCUGGGCUUUGGGCGUGGCCCAAGACACUGUGCAAAGAAAAGGACAGUUCAGUUUUGUACCAGAGGAGGGGAUUUGGGCUGUGGGCCUUAACAAUGGCCAGUACAGAGCUCUGACUUCACCCCCUGAGCUUCUACAUCUAAAUAGCCCCCUUAACCAGAUCCAAGUUUGCCUGGACUAUGAAAGGCAGACUGUUGCUUUCUGUGACUCUGAAGAGCAAUGUCAGUUCUAUUGCUUUCGCUCAGCGGACUUUGAGGGGAAAGCACUCUUUCCUUUCUUCCGCGUUGGAGACAUAAAGACUACCCUUUCCCUAUGCUAA